UUUGCUACCCGAAGGGAGAUCCUCAUAAAUUUCGACAACACAUUAUUAAGUAGUCUUCGAGUGUUUUGUUGUUGUUCGGCUGCAGAGUGAUAAAAACGCAUGUGAUAUUCGCGUACGAGUCCAAACUGCCAGAUAACGUGCUAUUAAUCCAUCUAAUUGGCCUAGUAUUGCUACUAAUCAAUAAAAUCGAUCAGCUCAGCGAUUUACUAGCAAGUUUUUGGCAUCCGUACAGUCUGUAUCAGUACUAUCGUUUAUAUUUAUCGUCAAUUGUCCAUUACUUACGCUUUAAGUGUGGAAAACACAAAAAACUUAAUCUUAGCAUUAUACUUGCUGCUUUUAGAUUGAUUAUUUGGUUUUUUCCGUGAGUUGAGGAGUAUCCAGUGAAUUAUGACAGCAGAUUCUUACUCGCCUACGAAGGAACAAGUUAAAGACGUCAAAAUGGUGAACGAAAACAAAAAUGUUGUGAUUGAAGUGGAAGAGCGGCACUUCCUAUUCAAAUGUAUGAAGAUGCAAACAUUGGACAAAGUUUCCGUCUUUCUGGCGGAACUGAUAGGCACAGCUCUAUUGGUGUUUUUCGGCUGUAUGGGAUGUGCUUCGAGCAUGGGAGUUCCAAGCACUCAUCUCAACAUUUGCAUUAACUUCGGUCUCACAGUUAUGUUCAUUGUGCAAAUUUUCGGUUGCGUAUCCGGAUCACAUAUUAAUCCAGCCGUAACAGCCGCUGCUUACAUCUAUAACUUGGUUACCCUGCCCAUGGCCGCUGUUUACUUCGUAGCACAAAUGAUCGGUGGAUUUGUUGGUUUUGGCCUCUUGAAAGCAGUCAGUCCAGCCGAAGCCUUCUUCCCCAAUAACUCCACCAUCGGCUUGUGCACAACAAUGCCAAACCCACAGAUCAGCCCGUUCCAAGGAAUGCUCGUCGAAUUGCUCAUUACAGCCUCCCUCAUUUGGGUUGUUUGCGGUGUAUGGGAUCCACGCAACGCUAAACAUCACGACUCCGUUCCAAUUAAAUUCGGUUUGACUAUUGCUUCUUUGGCUCUUGCUGCUGGACCAUGGACCGGUGCCAGUAUGAAUCCAGCCAGAUCAUUCGCCCCUGCCAUUUGGAACGGAAACUUCCAACACCACUGGGUCUACUGGGUAGGACCAAUGGCCGGUGGAAUUCUCGCUGCUCUGGCCUACAAGACAGUCUUCCGACGUGAAGUGCCAGUCGAGAAGGAGCUCAAAGCGGCCGAAGAGUUCCCAUUGUCUCGAGAGCGAAACAAUGCUUAAGAACCCACACGCAUACACUUAACACGCACACAUAAACAUCAAAACACAUUAAUUAAAUUUAAUUGUUAAAAUACAAAUCAAAUGGAAACUGUUAAUACUUUUCUGCAUUUUAAUGAUUAUUGUGUAUCGUAUUUUAUCUAUACGUAAUUAAGAUUGCAUUUUAUGCCGUUGGAGCGGCUCAUGUAAAAAGUCAAGUGGAAAAUGUUUUUAUACGAAAGCCAAGUUGCAUUUUUCCUGUGAGAAAUUGAAUAUUUUGUAAAAAUUGACGCCUCACUCUUACUUGAGCCAUUCAAAAUUGUUUGUAGAUUUGUAGAGUCCAAAAAUAUUGUUUUGAAGUAUUUUGUUUUAAAAAUUGCAGCAAAGAAAGUAACAUAAUUGUAAAAUGUAGUUAGUAAAGUACUUAUACAACCCUCGGUUGGAAAAUCACGAAAGUAAAAGGAAAGAGAAAAAAACUUAAAAUUCAUUUAUUGGGAAAACGAAAUUCUGCUUUUUGUAAAAUCAGAAUGUCAUGGAAUUUCAAUUCAUAUUGCAUUGUUUUUGUAAGUAUGUAAAUGUAAAGAUGCAGUUUUUGAAAUAACCAAUAAAAGAAUUGUGUAAUUAUAAAUAA